AUGUCAGACAGACUCAAGGAACGCAAAAGAACCCCGAUUUCUCAUAAAGUAAUAGAAAAGCGGAGGAGAGACCGAAUCAACCGCUGCUUGAACGAGCUGGGCAAGACAGUCCCUAUGGCCCUGGCCAAACAGAGUUCCGGGAAACUGGAGAAGGCGGAGAUCUUGGAGAUGACAGUUCAGUACCUCAGAGCUCUGCAUUCCGCGGAUUUUCCCCGGGGAAGGGAAAAAGCAGAGCUUUUAGCAGAGUUUGCCAACUACUUCCACUAUGGUUACCACGAGUGCAUGAAGAACCUGGUGCAUUACCUCACCACCGUGGAGCGGAUGGAGACCAAAGACACCAAAUACGCGCGCAUCCUCGCCUUUUUGCAGUCCAAGGCCUGCCUGGGCGCGGAGCCCGCCUUCCCGCCGCUCACUCUCUCGGAGCCGGAUUUCUCCUAUCAGCUGCAUCCCGGGGGCUCAGAGUUCGCGGGCCACAGCACGGGCGAAACCACCGUGUUCCCGCAGGGUGCUACCCCAGGGUCAUUUCCUUGGCCCCACAGCGCGGCCCGCAGCCCAGCACUGCCUUACUUGUCCAGCGCGCCGCCGUCAGUACCUCUCCCCAGCCCGGGGCAGCAACAUAGCCCCUUCUUGGCUCAGAUGCAGAGCCUGGACCGGCAUUACCUCAAUCUGAUAGGCCAUACCCAUGCCAACGCCCUCAACCUCCACACGCCCCAGCACCCUCCGGUGCUCUGACACCCACCCACUGCCUAGAUUGCUUUUCGGUUUGCUUGAGACAAAUACUGUAUACGUUGUAUAUGUGUAAAUAGUGUACCAACAAAAGCU